AGAGCCAUGGCGACCGACCUCCGCACGCGCCUUUGCUUCAAACCCUCAAGAAAUCUCCCAAUCAUCAUCAAUGCCUAAUUUUCCUGUCACUUUCUCCGUGCCCUACCAGUCUUCUUCACACACAGUGAAACUCCCACUCUCACCAGUUCGUUGCAAAAUACUCUUGGGUGUUGAUGGUUUGGAGAGAAAGAAAGGUAGCGAAUGUGCUUUCAGUUUGAUUAAGAAGAAAUUUGAAGAUCGAGGUUUAGUAAACGAUAUUAAAGCAGGUAUUCAAGCGAGAAUUAAAGAGUAAGGGAUUCAAAUUGCCUUACAUAUAAGAGGUGUGCCGGAUGCUUUGAACCUGUUGUAGGAAAACGUGCAAAGUUAUGGCUCCCAAUCCAAGAGUUGCUAAGGCCUUCCGUGCUAUGAGAGGCCUCGGGAUCCCUGAAGAAAAAACGAAACCAGUCUUGAAGCGUCUUCUAAAAAUUUACGAUAAGAACUGGGAGCUUAUUGAAGAAGAAAAUUAUAGAGCUCUUGCAGAUGCUAUUUUUGACGAGGCGGAGGCAUGCUUUUCUGUUACUAAAUAUAGUUUUUCCUUUUAUUGCUGUCUGUUAUAUAUCAUUAUUGUCUCCAAGUUUCUGAGUGGUAUCUUUUUCCAGGCAGAAGAACAGAAGAAAAAAGUUGAAAAUACUGAAGCGGAACAGAAAAAAAUACUUGAGCAAGCUGAACGAAUGAAAGCUAUUGAAGAGGAAACACAAAUUCAAGAAGAGGCAGAAAGACCUUUAAAGCGACUACGUCUAAGACACCAAGACGGUCAAGCUUCACCCUCCAGCAUCAACCCCGGCACUAAUUCAAGCGAAACUUUACUGAAAAGGCCAAAAUUAGAGGUUGACGAGCUUCUUGAUGGUCAACCCCAGCUUCAAUCAACAACAGUAACAGAGCCUGUCAGAAGGAAUGAUUCCCAGCCUGUUUCACCUCUAAAUCGAGUUAGGAACAAGGGGAAACAACCCAUUUUGUCAAAUGCAUCGGGACGACUAGACGGAUCUGGUGUGUCUCAAUCAGUAGAUAUCGAGAGAACUCACCCAGUUGUGGCAGAUGCAACUCAUUCUGAUUCAGAUAUUCUUUCAAGGAAUCCCAAAGGCAAAGGGAAGGAACAUCUUUCCCCACAGAGUGCUCGUCGAGAAAAUAUAUUAACUUCGGAUAAGCCAUCCCUUGCAGUGCGCUUUAAAGAGCCAAAGGUUGAACCAGGGAUUGAUAUUAUGCCCAAACAAAAGGGUCUUGCUUUAAUAAAACCAAAAGAUGAGCCACUGACAGAUGACCCACCUCGUCCCCGGUUUGAGGUUCCGCUUGCAGUGAUUUUUCCAGACUCGUUGGCCAAUGGAGAUACUUCAACCGAAACUGAAAGUAAUCUGAUCAGAGAACCUGAUUUUCUGCCCUUGACAACGGAAUCUGCCGAAAAUGAGGAUUUAAACAACUGUGUUCAAGAAACGUUAACAAGUGGUCGUGAGCUCAUAAACAUUUUAGAUGAAUCAAAUGCUAAGUUAGAUAUUGCUUCUUCAUCCUCUGGGGAGAUCAAACUUGUUUUGAGUUGUAACCCUGCUCAUGGAAAGCCUAAACUAUCUGUCCCAAAUGUAGAUGCUGUUUUGAAAAUAAUGGAAGAUAAGUGUUUGAAUUCAUACAAAGUUCUGGACCCAAACUUUUCCGUGAAGAAACUGAUGAACGAUAUGUGUGAAUGCCUUCUCAAUCUUGGAUCUGAUUCCACCAAUGAACCACCAAAUGCUAGACCACCUACGGAUUCAUCAGAAGCAUGUGCAGAUGUCAAAGAUUCAGUCAGUACCAAAGGCGGGCUUGAGGCGGGUAUGCUUCAAAUGCCAAAACUAUCCCCGCCUUCUAAUGGGAACGAUAACGACAAGCAAAUAGAGCAAAAUGGAUUCGAGAAUAUGGAGUCGGAAAGUCUGGUGAUAGUAGUCAACAAUCAUUCAACUCCUGAUGAUACAACGUCUUUUGAUGAUGCGAACGACAUAGCUAAAGGACAAGAAAGUCUGAUAAUUUCAUUGGUCAAUGAAGUCAACAGUGAGUGUCCUCCAUCUUUCCAUUACAUGCAUCGGAAUGCAGUUUUCCAGAAUGCUUAUGUUAACUUUUCACUGGCUCGUAUUGGGGAUGACAACUGUUGUCCAAAUUGUUUCGGUGACUGUCUAACAUCAUCGACACCUUGUCUCUGUGCAUUGCAAAGUGGGGGUGAAUUUGCUUAUACAACCGAGGGCCUUGUCAAGGAGGAUCUUAUAGACGAGUGUAUAAAAAUGAAUCGUGAUCCUCAAAACCGUUGUUUGUUAUAUUGCAAGGAAUGCCCACUAGAACGAUCGAAAAAUGAGGAGAUUUUAGAACCUUGCAAAGGUCACGUAGAGAGGAGUUUCAUUAAGGAAUGUUGGCUGAAGUGUGGCUGCAAUAAACAGUGCGGUAAUCGAGUUGUGCAGCGUGGAAUUAAACAUAAAUUACAGGUGUUCAUGACAGCUGAAGGAAAAGGGUGGGGUCUUCGCACCCUUGAGGACCUACCAAAAGGUGCAUUCAUAUGUGAAUAUGUUGGAGAAGUGUUAACCAACAUGGAACUUUAUAAUAGAGUUUCACAAAAUUCCAACAAAAAUGAAUAUGCACAUCCAGUAUUGCUUGAUGCUGAUUGGGGUGCAGAGAGUGAAUUGAAAGAUGAAGAAGCUCUUUGUUUGGAUGCCACACAUUAUGGAAAUGUGGCUAGAUUCAUCAAUCAUAGGUGUUUCGAUCCAAAUUUGGUUGAGAUCCCAGUGGAAGUGGAGAAUCCCGAUCGGCAUUACUAUCAUCUUGCUUUCUUCACUACAAGAAAAGUGAAAGCUUUUGAAGAGUUAACUCGGGAUUAUGAUAUUGAUUUUGAUGAUGAUCAACAUCCUGUCAAGGCAUUUGAGUGCAGAUGUGGUAGUCGAUUCUGCCGUAGCAUAAAACCUUCCAGUAGAUCUAGAAAAAGAAGGUGAAGUUGAAACUAAGGAGUUGCUGUAAUCUGAACGAGCCAGCAUGAGUUGACUCAAUUUUUCUAAAAUCUCUAAUAGCUUUUGGUUACUCAUUCUUGGAUGCUAUGAUAUUUGAUGUUGCCUGAUUCGGUUUAAAUCGGAACUUAUGUAGUUGAAAUGUUGGAUAUCAAGUGUGAAUCAUUUCUUGGAAU